GUCAAUUCGAUUCCGAGUGCGGUUGUCGCGUGUGUUGGAACACUUUCUUUUUUUCUGGUCCUGUUGAUAGUUUAAAAGGGAACGAGCGUAGAGAGUCUGCAUGGAAAUGGCUUUGAGUGACUUUGGCCGAAAUCGCGGACGUCGUCCUGUCGCAGCCUGCCUGUUAAUCGCCUUGUCGCUGGUGUUCAGCGAGGCGCUGCUGUCGCCGGCUCUGGCGCAGCGUGACGAGAACUAUCCACCGAGGAACGUACUCAAAAUGGCCAAGCUCUUCCACGACGCUUGUGUGGAGCAAACGGGCGUCAGCGAGGCUGCGAUCAAGGAGUUCAGUGAUGGGGAAAUCCAUGAAGAUGAAAAGCUCAAGUGCUACAUGAAUUGUUUGUUCCACGAGUUCGAAGUGGUCGACGACGAUGGCGACGUGCAUCUGGACAAGCUAUUCAGCUCGGUGCCGCACUCCAUACGCGACAAUCUGAUCGCCAUGUCCCAGGAAUGCGUACACCCUAUUGGCGAUACGCUGUGCCACAAGGCCUGGUGGUUCCAUCAGUGCUGGAAGAAGGCCGAUCCUAAGCAUUACUUCUUACCAUAAAUUAAAUUU